AUGGCUUUUGAGUUCUUCACAAUCUUGCUCUCAAAUUCGUUGAAGAAACUGAGGCUGCCAGGCAAGUUCGCUACGGUGUUCGACGGCCAUGAGCCCUUUGAAGUGAAGUUGCGGGAGGCCGGGCGCUGGCAUCGCUUGUGGGACGUGGAAGUUGUGUUCGACGCCGAGGGCCACAUUUACCUGGGGCGCGUCUGGGAGCAGUUCGCCGGCGCUCAUGAUCUGCGGCUCGGGCACUUCCUCGUCCUAAGCUAUGACGGCUGCCACGCCAUGCUCACCGUGAAGGUGUUUGACGGGAGCAUGUGCCGCAGGCACUACCAGAACGACAGUGAUGCUAGCAGUGGAAGCAGCGGCGACAGUGGCAACACCUUGUUUCUCAUCAUGUACAUGGUUCGACUUCUGGGACAGCAGGGAGCGGAGGGGGAAGGGCAAGUGCCACCACAGACAGAGGCAGAGGAAGGCGACGGAGAGCAGGGCAUAUCCAAGAUGAGCAAUCCAUGUGAUUCAGAUGGAAGCCAGAAGGGAAGAUCUUAUUGUUCUGAGAAAUUGUCAGCAGAAGACAGUCUAUCUGUAGACAAUUCUGUGGAGUUAGCCAAUCUACAGACGCUUUCCAGUAACUAUGUCUUAUCAACGCAGUGCUAUCUUACAAAAGCACAGAAGGUGAAAAUAGACGCGCUUAUAGAGAAAAUUCAACCUAAAUUCACAGUGCUAGUUGUACAGAUGAAGAAGUCGAACGUAAAACGGCAUGCUACUCUGAUAAUACAUAAGGAUUAUGCACUCGAGCACUUUCCAUGUGUAGAUACUACUGUCAUACUCCAGCUGCCUGGGAAGAACAAGGAUUGGAAAUGCACAUUCCGCAUCAGGCCAUCCGGCGUGUCUGAUGCUGGUCGGCGCAACCUCUUUUUGUACAACUUUGCUUGUGACAACCAUAUUAAUGAGGGUGAUAUCUGCCUCUUUCAACCAAUGACAAAUGUGAAGCAGAAAAGGUUCAUAGUGACAGUCCAUGUCCUUCACAAAGCGAACAUUGAUCAUUCCUCUGGUGGAAGAACUGACAUUGGCUCAAAUUACGGAAGAAAAAGGGCCAAGAUGGGCGCUGUUAAGGGCAAACCACACACCGAUGGUAAGUCACAUGAAGUCUCUGAGGGUUCCGAGGGAGCUUCUGGGCGUCUCUUCAUGCUGUCAGAGAAAGCUUGUCUAACACCAACACAGCGGAAGAAAUUGUUAAAGAAAGUUAAGAAGAUUAAGUUCAAACCACCCUUUUAUGUUGCUAUCAUGAGCAAGAGCACUGUCUGUCAGCGUGGCAGCCAAAACAAUCCCAUGCUACGCUUUGGCUCGCAGUACGCAACCAGGUAUCUUGUUGAGAAGUUUUCUGGUGGCCAUCCUUGUGGAAAACGUAGAGGAGUCGAGUUGGUGCUUCUGCGGGAGGGCAAGAGUAGGUCAUGGCCUACCAAGCUGCGGCAUAGCUCGCAAGGCUCGAGGGUUCUCAAAGGAUGGCCAUCUUUCGCCCGCGACAACCACCUGCGGGAGGGGGACCUCUGCCUCUUCAAGCUGCUGAAGUGUGAGGAGCUUCUGACAAUGUGGGUUUACAUCGUCCGCCGCUAG